GUGAGAGAGAGAGAAAGACAGAAAAGUAGAAGAAGAAGGUUUCUUAAACAAGUCGUGAAGGCUCUCCUCGAGCGAUGCGUUGAAGGCGAGAGAGUGACAAUAAAAAUGGCGAAAAUAUCUUUCCUAUCUUCUUCUUAUUCUUCUUCCUUUUCCUCUUCUUAUAAGGAAAACCACCACGAUCCUCAUUUAUAAACCCUAGAUUUUCUCUUCUCCGAUCUGUGAAACCAAAAUUUUCUCCGACACAGAAAUGGCGGAGGCGACGAAGGUUCUGUACUUGGUGGUGGUCGACGACGCGGUUGCGGCGGCGGCGAAUGGAGACGGUAAUGUGGAGGAUUCGUUUAGGUAUACGCGUCCUGUAUUGCAAAGUACUCUUCAGCUCAUGGGAUGCAAGGCGCGUCACGCUUUCAAGAUCAGCCGGAGGGUUUUUGAGUUGAUAAGAAGUGAGGGGUCUUGUAAUUCCUCACCAGAGCAUGGGAAGGUGCCUGAAUUUGCAAAAGAAAGUGGUGGUUCAAAUUGUGUACAGAAAGCUAACUGUUUGGUUGCUGAUGAUGUUGACAAGGAUAAAAGACCAUUUGAGAUGUACAAAAGACGCACAACUGUUGUUGUUUCAAGGCAAAUAUUCUUAGAUGUUGUGUGUGAUGCCCUAGCUGAAUAUAAGUAUGUUGGCCGUGACCAAAGGGCAGAUUUGAUUCUGGCAUGCAGAAUCCGAGAAAGGAAAGAAUCUGUAACUGUUCUGCUCUGUGGCACCAGUGGCUGUGGUAAAUCUACAUUGUCUGCAUUGCUGUUUGUAACUUUCGUAUUACAGGGUAGCAGGCUGGGGAUUACAACUGUGGUAUCAACUGACUCUAUAAGGCACAUGAUGAGGAGCUUUGCUGAUGAGAAGCAGAAUCCUUUGCUUUGGGCUUCAACGUACCAUGCUGGAGAGUGCCUUGACCGUGUGGCAGUUGCUGAGUCAAAAGCCAAAAGAAGAGCCAAAAAGUUGAAAGGCUCUCGAGGGUUAAACUCCAACACCGAAAACACCCAUGCUGGAUCAAACUCAAGCAACCCUGAGUUGUUAAGUGAUAAGCAGAUGGCUAUAGAAGGGUACAAGGCACAAAGCGAGAUGGUGAUUGACAGUCUCGAUAGGCUUAUUACAACAUGGGAAGAAAGGAAAGAGUCGGUCGUUGUUGAGGGUGUCCACUUAAGCCUCAACUUUGUGAUGGGACUGAUGAAAAAGCACCCUUCGAUUGUUCCUUUCAUGGUAUACAUCGCCAAUGAGGAGAAACACUUGGAACGGUUUGCAGUCAGAGCAAAGUAUAUGACAUUGGAUCCAGAAAAGAAUAAGUAUGUAAAAUAUAUACGUAACAUCAGAACGAUACAGGAUUAUCUAUGUAAACGAGCUGAUAAACAUCUCGUUCCUAAGAUAAACAACACGAACGUCGACAAGAGCGUGGCUACGAUCCAUGCGACGGUCUUCAGUUGUCUACGUAGACGAGAAACAGGGGAGAAGCUCUACGAUGCAACAACAAACACCGUUGCUGUUAUCGACGAUGAGCACAGGAACCAAUGUGCAGCUAACUCAUUAAGUUCCAAGGGAAUGUUUCAGCUGAUCCAAAGAACAGGCUCCUCUAGGCGUGUGAUGGCUCUUCUGAAUACUGAUGGAACCGUAGCGAGAACUUGGCCUGUUGGUUCCGUUGAUGAUGUUGGGAAGCCUGUCUUUGGUGGUACUGAGAUGGACUAUGGAACAGCGCAUCCAAUGUAUGGAUACUUACAGAAAGCUGAACCGGUGAAUCUUCAGUUUGGUCUCUUUGGGGUAAGCGCUUGGCCUAAUGAUGGUGCAACUAGUCACGCUGGGAGUGUAGACGAGUCGAGAGCUGAUUUUGUUGAAACCGGAAGCAGACAUUACUCUUCUUGCUGCAGCUCGCCACGUAUAUCUGAUGGACCUUCGAAAGAGCGUAAGGAGGAACAGUCUGUACAUGGGAGCGAUGAAGAUGAAGAAGUCGAUGAUGAUUUUGCUGAGCCAGAUUCUGAUGAAGAUCUCAGCGAUAACAAUGACGAACGAAACCGUGAAGAGGUUGGAUCGGUGGAUGAGGAAUCGACAAAGUCAGAUGAAGAGUACGAUGAUCUGGCAAUGGAAGACAAGAGUUACUGGACAGACCACGAAGAAGAAGAAGAGUCACGAGAUACAAUCUCCAUGGUGUCUGAAACCAACCACAAGGAGGCUACAACAAAACCCAACAAAGAUGACAAAUACUUGCAAAACCUCGACCUUUUCCUCAGGACAGCGAACCAGCCUUUGACUGAAUCUCUUGAGCUCACAUGUGAAUACCGGAACAGAAUGGUAGUUGCAGCCUCGGAUAAAGCAAAGAUGAGGAAACGUUCACUUAGUAUUCCGGCUGUUGGGAAACACGGUUCGAUCAUCGAUGAUCAUCAGAUUUUGGCUAACCAGACUGAUCCAGUUCUUUUGAAUGCCCAGUGACCUCAUUGUGCCUGUGUUUUCUGUUUUUUUUUUUUUUUCUUUCUUACUUUCGGGUUUUGUGUUUUAGCCUUUUAGAUAGCUUAGGUUUCUAAAACUGAUUGAAGUGUUUAAGUAUAAAAAUGAACGAUAUUUACUCUUAAUUGACAGGGCAAGAUUAUCGUGAUUUAUUAUUGA